CCGCCCCCGCUCCCUAUGCUCCGCCUCUGGUGGCGCGGAGAGCAGAGCCAAGAUGGCGGCCGAGUUGGAGUACGAGUCGGUGCUGUGUGUGAAACCUGACGUCAGCGUCUACCGGAUUCCGCCCCGGGCCUCCAACCGCGGCUACAGGGCAUCUGACUGGAAAUUAGACCAGCCUGAUUGGACUGGUCGCCUUCGAAUCACAUCAAAAGGGAAGAUUGCUUAUAUCAAACUCGAGGAUAAAGUUUCAGGGGAGCUCUUUGCUCAGGCCCCAGUAGAACAGUAUCCUGGUAUUGCGGUGGAGACAGUGACAGAUUCCAGCCGCUACUUUGUAAUCCGGAUUCAGGAUGGUACUGGGCGUAGCGCUUUCAUUGGCAUUGGCUUCACGGAUCGGGGUGAUGCCUUCGACUUUAAUGUGUCCUUGCAAGAUCACUUCAAGUGGGUAAAGCAGGAAUCUGAGAUUUCCAAGGAAUCUCAGGAAAUGGAUACUCGCCCCAAGUUGGAUUUGGGUUUCAAGGAAGGACAGACCAUCAAGUUGAGUAUUGGGAAUAUUACAACUAAGAAAGGAGGUGCUUCUAAGCCCAAGACUUCAGGGACUGGGGGCCUAAGCUUACUCCCACCCCCACCUGGAGGCAAAAUCACUAUUCCCCCACCGUCCUCUUCAGUUGCCAUCAGCAAUCAUGUCACCCCACCACCCAUUCCGAAGUCUAACCAUGGCGGUAGUGAUGCAGAUAUUCUUUUAGAUUUGGAUUCCCCUGCCCCUGUCACGACAUCAGCACCAGCUCCAGUUUCUGCAAGCAAUGACUUGUGGGGAGAUUUCAGCACUGCAUCCAGCUCUGUUCCAAACCAGGCACCACAGCCAUCCAACUGGGUCCAGUUCUGAACAGCAUUGGCAGGAUGUUAUGGAUAGACUUGAAGAAUAAAAUGAUCCUGAGGGCACCAAUCUGUGAGGGAAGUUAGAACCCUUCCCUGCCUAGAACCAAAAUUACUGGACAAUCUUUCUCAUAGCUUCUCCAUUGAGUUCAAGUUGGUUUAUGCCACUCCCCUAUCUUAAUACUUGCUGUACUGGCAAGAAAAUAUCUCUUCUCUCCUGUUCACUGUGAGGACAGGAGAAUAGUGGGUUUUUCAUAUUUGUGGCUAAUGAUUUAGGGCUCAAAAGGCCAGGGUCUCUUCAAAGGGGGAAAUGACCACUGUCCUCUGUAAAAUUUUUCUCCAUCUUUGAACUUCGUAAACUUGUUUCAGAAUCAUCUCAUGACCCUCGUGUGCCUCUUUGUGAAGCCCUAUUUAGCAAUUGCAGGGGAGACAAAAACCUUGAAACUUUCUUUUUUCACUAACCUAAGACUCUAAAAAUGGACAGCCUGACCUCAAUGUUUAUAAAUUCAGAAUUUUGAUAGGAAUAGGUAUGAGAAAGACCUGUGCUGGGUUUCUGCUGUGUGUCCUCCUUCAGGCUUAUCCUGGUCAGUGAACAUCCAGUGCUGGUGCAGCUCCAUCGCCCUCUCGUGUGUUUACAUGUUUCCUAUGAUAAGAGGGUUGUGUUGGGGGCACCCCCACUGUCCUUGUGUUUGUUAAAUAGUGCAGCAUCUCUGAUCAGUGGUGUCUCUCAGAUAAGGGAGGUUCAAGGAGCUGUGUUUUCCAAGUUAUAAUCUAGAGAAGCAUUUACUUGCAGCUCCAUCAAGCUGCUGUGUUUGAAGCACGGCAUUGCUUUGUAUUGGCCCCAUUAUUUGACCUGAAGUUGAAGGGUUGAGAGUUUUUAACCUCAUCUGUAGAGCAGAGAGAUUGAAAACACUUAACUCUUGUUCAUACCCACAUUGCCUUGCUGCCUGGGUAUCUUUUCCCUUUCCAUAAACAUUUAUUUUUCAGUCCGGUAGCUCUUAGUAGAAAGCUGCUAGUACAUGUACUGUCUUCUGUGAAGGAGGCUGGAGAGGCGCAGCUUCAGCUCUGCUAGGUUUUGCCUGGUGACGGCUUUGAUACCCAUCACCCAGGGUGUCUCAGAAACGAGUUGCUCUCCCGUAACGUCCCUUCCCUUUGUGCCACCAUUCCUUUUACAAAGCUGUGAAGAGUUCCUUUCUUAGAUAAAUGGACACUACCUAUUCUGUUUGCUAAUGGGCAGUUUGAAGGAUGAAAUGGAAGAAUGUCAUUUCUUCCCUUAGCACCUACUGAGAGGUGUACACUCUGGUGGAAGGGAGUCCUUAUAUUUAGUUUCAAAAUACAUAUAUAUUCUGUCUCUGCUUUUCUUCUUGACUCUUUCUAACUUUGGGUCCAUAUUUUUUCAUUGCCACCCCUUCCAGGCAGCUCUAUUCUUACAGAGCCAUGGCAGGAUGUUAUAAAAUUCCACUAGAAAACACUAAAAAGAAACUAUAGAAUCACUAGUGACUAACUACUGGAAACCUAUUUUCUCAAUCUUCCUCCAUGUUGUGUUCUUUGUAUUCUCAAGAUGAUAAUAUAUUAUGUAUUCGAAUUGCUGGAACAUUGAAGAUGAAGUUUAAGAUAUAUGUAUAUAAAGCAUAUGCUGUAUUGGUGCAAUAAUGGUAAUUAAAACUAUGGAAAAAAGU